UAACCAAUCGAAGAAUUGGCCUAUUUCUCCUGAUGCUAACAGAAUUUUGGUUUCCUGCUUGUUUCUCCGACCCUCACACUCUUUCCCCGAUUCUGCCCUUUCAACAUACUAUACUUUCUGUAUAUUUUUUAAAACCCUAAGCCGAUCGAUGCCGCCUCCACGGCCGCCUGCUGCGGAGGUCCGCCACGUCGAUUUAAGGAUCUGGCGAGCUUGCGCUGGCUCCUCCGUUCGAAUCCCCAGUGUUAACUCCAGAGUUUACUACUUUCCUCAAGGACACGUGGAACAAUCAUGCGGUUCGGCGCCGUCACUGUCUUCUCUCGUACUCUCCAGGCCUGCAAUCGCUUGCGUUAUCUCCGACGUUCAUUGCCUCGCGGAUCCCAAAACUGACGAAGUCUUCGUGAAACUCUUCCUCGUCCCUGACGAAUCUUCUAGACUUCCCAAUCAAUUUAUGGACGUUAAUUGUGAAUUUGAAGAUCCUGAUAAGAUCGUGUCGUUUGCCAAGAUUUUAACGCCGUCUGAUGCUAACAAUGGCGGCGGAUUCUCGGUCCCGCGGUUUUGCGCCGACUCUAUCUUCCCGCCUCUGGAUUACAAUGCAGAUCCGCCGGUUCAGACUCUCUCCGUCACCGACGUUCGCGGCGGGACUUGGGAGUUUCGCCACAUUUACCGGGGAACGCCGCGGCGGCAUCUGCUCACUACAGGAUGGAGCAAAUUUGUUAAUCAAAAGAAGCUCAUUGCCGGAGAUUCCGUCGUUUUCAUGAGGGACGGAAAUGAAAAAAUGUAUGUCGGAGUCCGUCGGGUGAUGAAAAAAGAAGGGGGAGGGGAUUCUGGGAGGUGGAGAGAGCCAAGUGAAGAAGGAGCAAUGAAAGGGGAAGGAAGGGGGAGGAUGACGGCUGAGGCAGUUGCGGAAGCAGCGGAGAGGGCCGCGAAGGGGUUGCCAUUCGAGGUUGUGUACUAUCCUCGGCCCGGUUGGACUGAUUUUGUGGUGAGAGCGGACUUGGUGGAGGCUGGACUCAGUAUAUACUGGUCUGCUGGGACCAGAGUGAAGAUUGCAGUUGAAACAGAGGAUUCCUCAACAAUGUCGUCCUUUCAAGGGACUGUUAUUUCUGCUGCUUCGUCGGAUUCUGGCCCCUGGAUUGCCUCUCCUUGGCGAAUGCUUCUGGUUGCAUGGGAUGAUCCUGAUGUUCUCCAGAAUUCAAAGAGAGUGAGCCCAUGGCAAGUCGAAAUUGCUUCCUCCUUACCGCUUCAUUCCUCAUUUCCCUUGGCAAAGAAGUCCAAACUUUCUCAUGAGUCUGGGCUGGCUGAUUCAGAGGGAGAGAUCUUAUUCCCUAUGACAGGGUUAACCAAUUCAACACUGAGGUACACAAAUCCAUCACUAUUGAAUUACAUUCCUGCUGGCAUGCAGGGAGCCAGGCAAAAUCAUUUUCACGUGCAAGGUUCAAACAACUAUGUGAGUGAGAAUACCCCAAUGAUGUCCACUGAUAGAUUCCCUAGCGACUAUUGGCUGCCCAAGUUGAAUAGGAUAUCCACUGAGCUUAACAUUGGCAGUUCACAGUCCAAUAAUUUGUCACCAGAUAGUCAGAGCAGCAUGGUUUCAUUUGGCACAGAAUUUACUGAAAAUGUUGACUGCAGCUCAAGCAAAGUAGGUGUUAAUUCGUUUCAAUUGUUUGGCCAGAUAAUUCAUCCUGUUGGAAGCAUAUUUGGUAAUGUUGGUAGCAUGGAAGAUGAUAGUGGUAAAAGAUACGAUGAAGCUGUGAGUGAAAAGAACACAUUAGAUCUAUCUUCAACUUAUGGCUUUUCGAAGCUGCUUGACAGGAUUGACGUCCAAUGCGAGAGAGCUUCAGCUUUCAAAGGCUUUUCUCUGUGAAUGAAUCCAUGCCCAUGUUGUCAUCCAAACAAACUGUUUAGGAAAUUCAGGCUGGGAGGAAGUUGUCUCCUUAUUUUACAAUGUCUGUACUAGGCAUAUCCGGAGUUCUUCUAUUUUCUGGUUUUGGUAUUAGUUUUGUGCAGUUGGAGACACUUUGACUGUUAUAAAAUUGUUGACAUAUAUGGUGUCUUAAUACACUAGAGAGUUGCAUUUUAUUUUGAGUUGGAUUCGGAACUU